CGUAAAACGUCACCGGAAUACCAAGUCAACUGAGAAUAGCCGCCGGUGAAACAAAUCCAAGAAGGGUAUCCACCUAGGAAGAGGAAUCGCGGGAGACCGAUGGCAUCAAGAGAGAGGCCGCAACUUAAAAUUGCUGGAUCACGGGUCGAACCCCUACCACGUUAAUUACAAGUUUUAAAAAAAAACCGCCGAGAUCUGAUAACCAAAUGCCGAAUAUCGCACUUUCGGGCCGCGCAGCUAAAAAAAAAGCUGCCCCAAACUAGCCUUAAACUAUCCCUUGAUUAAACAGUCGUAAGAAGUCGCCGGAUUUGGCCGGAAAGGCCAAUGUAAGACGUUUCCGCCGCAAUUUCAUCUUCUGGGGCUAAAGACAGCAUCAAAGCCUAAUUUUGAAGUUCCUAGUAAGCGAAUUCCUGGAGACAAUGAGUUCGCUUAGCCUCAAUACUACCCUUAUAUCACGAGGAAGUCCGAGGCUGCGCAGUUCCUUGUUUGAUAAGAGCAGGAGAUGCCAUCCGAAACCGAACACUUCCAUUGUCAGAGCUUAUGCUGCUACAAGUCCUGUUAAAACUCCGGCCACCGAACAGCCAGGCCUUUCUUUUCCAAUCUUGAUAAAUGGGUGUGCUGGAAGAAUGGGCAGGGCGGUUGCUGAUGCAGCAGUUUGUGCUGGUCUCCAGUUGGUUCCUGUGACAUUUAGCAAUUUGGAGAAACCGAAUAGAACUUUACAAAUUGGUAAUGUAGAGAUUAUGAUCCACGGUCCAUCUGAAAGAGAGAAUGUCCUUUCUGCCGUAUAUAAUGAAUAUCCUAAUGUUAUAGUGGUUGAUUAUACAGUUCCUGAUGCAGUGAAUGGAAAUGCUGAACUUUAUUGUAAACUAGGCGUGCCAUUUGUGAUGGGCACAACUGGAGGAGACAGGGAAUUGUUGUAUAAGACAGUAAAAGAUGCAAAUGUUUAUGCAGUAAUUUCUCCACAGAUGGGGAAACAGGUUGUCGCAUUUCUUGCAGCUAUGGAAAUUAUGGCUGAGCAGUUUCCUGGAGCAUUUUCAGGCUAUUCAUUGCAGGUGAUGGAAUCUCAUCAAGCAGGCAAACGAGACACAUCUGGUACAGCUAAAGCUGUUAUUUCUUGCUUUCAGAAGCUGGGCGUCUCAUUUGACGUCAAUAAGAUAAAGAUGAUCAGAGAUCCUAAGAAACAACUAGAGAUGGUGGGUGUUCCUGAAGAGCAUCUUGAAGGCCAUGCAUUCCAUAUGUACCUCCUCACUUCGCCUGACGAGACAGUAUCAUUCAAGUUCCAGCAUAACGUCUGCGGCCGCUCGAUAUAUGCUGAGGGCACAAUUGAUGCUGCCAUUUUUCUUCACAAGAAGAUCCAGUCCAAAGCUGACAAAAGAAUAUUUGACAUGAUAGAUGUCUUGCGGGAGGGAAAUAUGCGGUGAUUCGUCUCCUCGGGAAGGCUCAAUUUUUAUAUUUGUUUGGAUGUGCAGGUUUUGCGGUAAGAGCAAUUUUUAAAUGGUAAUGGGACUUAUUUAUUCUUUUUUUAUCUUUUUUUUUUCUCUUAAUUGUUGAGAAAUUAGGAACAGAGAGAUGAUUCAGCUAUUUGACUUUAUCCCAAGUGAUUUUGGAUUAUAAUUAAUUUUUAUGAAUUCAUGUGUAGUUUGGAGGUAAAACAUUUGGCAUGGCAGAGUGUUACAUGAUUGCUUUUGAGCAU